ACGGCGCAAAUACAGGCGUUGCAAUUCUUAGACAAAAGAGCAAUUUUAUAAUUGAACGCAAAUUAUUCUCAUUUACUCCGUCGUGGGUGUUUUUCCAAAUGAUCAAAUCGCGCGUUCGUGACACAAAGUUUGUCCAAGUGCAGUGGCCGUACAUCGUUCGCCGCAGAUGUACUUUUUUUUUAAUUUUUUCUUUUUUCUUCUUCUCUCCACCUCAAACUCAAUUCUCCUGAAUUAUGUACCGAACGUGCUGAAUCCUCGUCGCAGUACGUCCGUUACUAAUGUGCUGCAUUUAACCUCAUUCGUUGAAUCUCCGUGUCGGGUUGAAGCUUCUCGGCCUCGCUGACUUUAGCCUUAGCUAGCUGGACGCUAACAAAAGAAAGAACGAACGAAAGAGAGAAAGAGAGAGCGAGCCACAACGUCAAGUACUGGACGCUGUUUACAAGAUGCAGACUCCAAUUGGCUUUCGCACAGCAGACAUCAGUGAAGAUCUCCGUCCUGACCAGCAGAGGCCAGAGCACCCCCACAUUAAAAAAGAGGAAGAGCACUGCCUCAUCAAAGAGGAGGGGGAUAUCACUAAGUUGCCAUCAACUACUGUCCCUUUGAAGACUGAAGAUGAAGGUCCAAGUGAGGAGAGCAGAAGGGCGGAGCCUUCUAGCACUUGGAGCUCUAGUCAACAUAUGACAACUGAAGCUGAUGGAGACCACUGUGACGAAUCACAAACAGAUGGCCUCUUAGCUCCAAUAUCAGAUAGUGAUGACAUGUCACACACUCCUCACACUGAUGAUGAUGAUGAUGAUGAUGAUGAUGAUGAUGAUGAUGAAGUGUCUAAAGGUCACAUUGGAGACAAACGCUGGAAAUGUUCUCAGUGCGGGAAAACGUUUGGCUACAAGUCUAUUUUGAAAAGGCAUGUGAUGAGCCACACUGGAGAGAAACCUUUUGCCUGCUCAGAUUGUGGUAAACGAUACGCUGACAAGGGCUACUUAAAAAUACACACAAGAAAACACACUGGCGAGAAACCGUUUGAUUGCUCCGUUUGCGGUCAAAUGUUCACUCGAAAGGGGGACUUAAAAAUACACACAAGAACACACACUGGUGAGAAACCUUUUGCCUGCUUGGAUUGUGGUCAAACAUUUGCUCAAGAGGGACAUUUAAAAAGACACACAAGAACACACACUGGUGAGAAACCUUUUUUCUGCUCCGUUUGUAGUCAAAGAUUCACUCAAGAGGGAAGCUUAAAAAGACACACAAGAAUCCACACCGGUGAGAAACCUUUUGUCUGCGCAGAUUGCGGUCAAAGAUUCACUCAAGAGGGAAGCUUAAAAAUACACACAAGAACACACACUGGAGAGAAAUAUUUUGUCUGCUCAGAUUGUGGUCAGAGAUUCUCCCGAAAGUCCAGCUUAGAAAUACACACGAGAACACACACCGGAGAGAAACCUUUUGCCUGCUCGGUUUGCGGCGCAAGAUUCUCUGAAAAGAGGAACUUAAGACGCCACAAAGGAACUCACACCGGUGAGAAACCUUUUGCUUGCUCAGUUUGUGGGCAAAGAUUUACCAUGAAGGGGUAUUUGAAAGUACAUAUAAGAAAACACACCGGUGAGAAACCUUUCGCCUGCUCAGUUUGCGGUCAAAGAUUUACUACAAAGGGUUAUUUGAAAAUACACACUCGAACGCACACUGGUGAGAAACCUUUUGCCUGCUCAGUUUGUGGUAAAAGAUUCUCUAAAAAGGGAACCUUGACAACACACACAAAAUCGCACACUGAACAGAAGCCUUUUGCGUGCUCAGCUUGCGGUCAAAGAUUUUCCCGUAAGGUUCGGCCCAAGACGCACAAGUGUGCCGGUGAGAUGAGCGACGAUCAAGAAGCUUUAAAUGAAUAUGUGAAUGUUUAAUAUUAAAAGUGAAUUUCAUCAUACAAAAGUGGCCAUUCGUAUAUUAUAUCUCGCAUCUUUUAUUUGAUCUACUUGUCGCCUUUGUGUCUUCUAAAAGCCUCCUGUGGAUAGAUUUUGACAAUUAGCACUGGUGCCAAAAUACUUGCAUGCGGUUUGUCCAAUGAUUGUUAUGUCCAUUUCGAAUAAGAGAACGAUUGAUUGAAGUAGGGUGAAAAAAAACUUACUUCAACUAACGUUUAGUGGAAAGGCGAAAAAGUUUGAAUACAA